GAGUGUGUAAGACCGAGGAGGAUGAAGGACCGAGCACCGAGGAGGAUUCACAGUCUUUCCACGGGGUCGGAUUGUGUAAAUGGUUCAACGUCCGCAUGGGCUUCGGGUUCCUGUCCAUGACCCACCGAGAGGGAGUGCCACUGGACGAACCGGUUGAUGUGUUUGUCCAUCAGAGCAAGUUGCACAUGGAAGGCUUCCGCAGCCUGAAGGAAGGCGAGGCGGUCGAGUUUACCUUCAAGAAGUCAUCAAAGGGCCUGGAGUCGCAGCGAGUUACCGGACCAGGUGGCAUCCACUGUGUGGGUAGUGAAAGGAGACCCAAAGGCAAGAAGGUCCAGAAGCGACGUUCAAAGGGAGAUAGGUGCUACAACUGUGGAGGCCUGGACCACCACGCCAAAGAGUGCAAGUUACCACCCCAGCCCAAGAAGUGCCAUUUCUGCCAGAGCAUUGACCACAUGGUUGCCAACUGCCCAAUCAAAGCACAACAGUCCUCGCCGGGUUCUCAGGGAAAACCGUCCCCCUCGAAAGGAGACGAGGAGGAGCACAGCCACUUGGCACUGCCUCCCGAGACCUCUGAUUAAACCGGAAAUUGGGCUACACUGACGCCGGGGAAGCACAGAGGCCAAUCAAACUGCUUUGAUGGAGAGAUGGGACACACGGUCCUCUUCCACCUGUUGAAGCUGCUUUUGGAACUACCUCAGGUUAAAAAAAAAUUGCUUAUGAUGAAGAAUGUUGCUGAAGUUUUUGUUUGUUUUCAUUUGGUGUAACACUCAGGAAUACUGCUGUAUUAUUGCACUCAGGACGCUUUGGAAAUGUUUGAAUCACCGUUGUUCUUUGACGGGUUUGCGAUUGUAGUGAGCAAUGCCAUAUAACGGAUUACCUUGAUGAGUUUUUUGUAGAAUCUGUGUUUUCUUUUAUGCGAUACUGUUCCUCUCCAGUGGGCAUUAUUCCUCUUCUGUUUUUGCGUAAUACUCAGUCAGUAUGUUUAGUAUAGAGCUACACUUUUGCUGCCUUACCUUUUUAAGUCUUCUUCCUGACUGUUACACCUCACUACCCGACAAGGCAGAGACGUGACAAUUAGUACCUCUGUAAUGAAUGUUUGCAUAUGGCAUGGGGAAUG